AGGAGGGGAGGCCCUCGAUUGAACAUUCCAACUGCUUCUCUCACAAGCCUCCACUCUCAAUUUUGUCGGCGCCACUUCGCGUCAAUUUUCAACUUCCCCAGUGAAAAAUAGCUGUUCAAUCCAUACAAGCAAGCAAGAGACGAAAUUCCCCUCCCACGAAUACCUCUCUCCUCUCCUCUCCUGCUCUAAGAAGGAAGCAGCUACUGCCUUCUCGUUUACUUCUUCUGAUUAUGGAGAAGGGGAUCUGGGUCUUUGCGAUUCUCGUUUUCUGCUGCUUAGUCUCGGAAAUUGACGGCGUGGGUGUGGAGCAGAAUCGGCAAGUGCUUCGAUUUCGAGGAAGUGCGAGUGAGGCGUUCGAGGACGACCCUGUUGGAAGAUUGAAGGUGUUUGUCUACGAAUUGCCUAGCAAGUACAACGUGGACAGGCUAAAGAAGGACCCUAGAUGCCUGACUCACAUGUUUGCUGCAGAGAUUUUCAUGCACCGGUUCUUGUUAUCGAGUCCUGUUCGAACACUUGUUCCCGAGGAAGCAGAUUGGUUUUAUGUCCCAGUUUACCCAACCUGUGACUUGACUAAGCAAGGCCUUCCUCUGCCCUUUCAAUCUCCAAGAAUGAUGAGGAGCGCGGUGCAGCUAGUUGCCUCGGAAUGGCCUUACUGGAACAGAACAGAAGGAGCAGAUCACUUCUUCGUUGUCCCACAUGAUUUUGGGGCAUGUUUCCAUUACCAGGGAGAAAUUGCGAUCAAGCGUGGAAUACUCCCUUUGCUGCGACGUGCUACGUUGGUUCAAACUUUUGGACAGAAGAACCAUGUCUGCUUGAAGGAAGGAUCAAUUGUCAUUCCUCCAUAUGCCUCCGCUAAGAGAAUGCACGCGCAUUUGCUUCCUCCGGACAUUCCCCGCUCCAUCUUCAUUUACUUUCGCGGCCUGCUUCACGACAGUGUGAAUGAUCCCGAGGGGUGUUACUAUGCGAGGGGCGUUCGAACAUCGUUAUGGUUGAACUUCAAGAACAACCCCAUCUUUGACAUCUCGACCGAGCAUCCAUCGACUUACUACGAAGACAUGCAACGCGCAGUCUUUUGCCUGUGCCCCUUGGGUUGGGCACCCUGGAGUCCGAGAUUGGUGGAGGCAGUGGUGUUUGGCUGCAUUCCCGUGAUCAUAGCCGACGACAUCGUGCUGCCUUUCGCUGACACAAUUCCGUGGACGGAUAUUGCAGUAUUUGUAGCCGAGAAGGAUAUCGUAAAGUUGGAUACGAUACUGACUUCAAUGCCAUCAGAGGAUAUACUGAGGAAACAGAGAUUGAUCGCGAAUCCUUUGAUUAAGCUGUCUCUGUCUUUCUCACAGCCUUCGCUACCAGGAGAUGCUUUCCAUCAGGUGCUGAAUGGUCUUGCCCGGAAACUUCCGCAUGGAAGCAGUGUUUACUUAGAGCCUGGGGAAAAGGUUUUGGACUGGAGUGCAGGUCCAGUGGAGGACACUUAUCCUUGGAGCCAGUAGCAUUAGCUUACAUGACCAUCUGUGCCUUGUAGUGGCAGCACAAUAGAGAUAUAUAUAUAUACACAUGAUUUCAUUUUUACACAUGGCUGUAGACUAGAGACCUUUUAAUGGACAUUGUAGUAAAAGCAGAGGCAUGAGUGAUGUUGAAACCA